AUGAAGUUAUUCACAUACCAAGGAAAAACAAAGAGUAACCAAAAAAAAAAAAAAAAAUCAAGAAAAAGAAUGGGUAGCAUGGCUGAGAAAUGGGAGGAACUUAGUGGGAAAAACAAGUGGGAAGGGCUAUUAAAUCCAUUAGAUGUUGAUCUCCGUAAAUACAUCAUUCACUAUGGAGAAAAGGCUGAGGUAACUUAUGACACUUUCAUUUCAGAUAAAGCAUCCAAGUAUGCAGGAGCUAGCAGAUACUCAGAGGAAAAUCUCUUCUCUAAUGUUGGACUUGAUCCAUCGCAGUAUCGCGUAACCAAAUUUUUCUAUGCUACUUCUUCCAUGCCACUUCCUGAUGCUUUCAUUCUAAAAUCAUUGUCAAGGGAAGCAUGGAGUAAGGAAUCAAAUUUUAUGGGGUAUGUUGCUGUGGCUACUGAUGAGGGCAAAGUUGCACUAGGAAGGAGGGAUAUUGUGGUUGCUUGGAGAGGAACUAUUCAGACACUCGAGUGGGUUAAUGACCUUCAAUUUUUACUUAUCCCAGGACCAAAAAUAUUUGGUGAUGGGGGUUUGGUUCCUUUGUUUAAACCUUUGGUGCAUCAUGGCUUCUACAAUGUUUAUACAUCAGAAAGUGCACGAUCAAAGUUUAAUAAAACCAGUGCCAGAGAUCAGGUCAUUGCAGAAGUGAAAAGAUUGGUUGAGGAAUACAAGCACGAACAGGUCAGCAUAACUGUGACUGGACACAGUCUAGGUGCAUCACUUGCAACUAUGAAUGCAGUUGACAUAGCCUUCAAUGGUAUCAACAAGGCAAGCAAUGGCAAGGAGUUCCCAGUGACAGCUUUUGUAUUUGCAAGUCCUAAAGUUGGGGAUCUCAAUUUUGUUAACGCAUAUAACAAACUGAAACACCUUCACAUCUUGAGAAUCCACAACUUAUUGGAUAUUGUACCUAAAUACCCACCCGUUGGCUAUUUCGGCGUUGGGCAGGAAAUAAUGAUGGACACCGUAAAAUCCCCCUAUUUGAAGCCCCCUGGAGAUAUCCUCACUUGGCAUAAUUUGGAGGCUUACCUGCAUGGAGUUGCUGGAACUCAAGGUUUAGGAGUUUUAACAGGUUUUAAACUAGAGGUGGAUCGCGAUAUCGCACUUGUCAAUAAAUCUUCAGGUGCAUUGAAAGAUGAGUAUCUUGUCCCAGUAAAUUGGUGGACUCCAAAACACAAAGGAAUGGUUCAACAAGAUGGAAAGUGGGUUCUCAAUGAUCGUGAGGACUAUGAGAUAGUUGUGGCAGACCUUUAAUUUGGAGUUUAAAGUACUGGCUAUUUUAAUUUAUUUUCUUAAUUCCAUGUAAUGUUUGAAUAAAGGGUUGUCACGAACACAUCAUAUACAAUAUAUAUAUGUGUGUUCGUAUAAUUUCAUAGUGAAUGUGUUAUUGUGUUGUAACUUAUAAAGCUGGAAAGGAAGUUGUCCUUACUGACGCCCUAAUUAAGCUUGUUAUAGAUCAAUGUGUUUGUUUUAAUUAGUUUCUCAA